UAAAAGUUGUCAGACUGUCAGUUUGAACUAUCAUCGUUUGUUGUAUUUUUAGGUUAAGCCUACUUACUUGGCCUAGUUUCACCGUUAAAAACAAUUUUAAAUAUAAAUUAAAGCAUAUCGUCCACUUUGAUGAGUUUCAAGUGCUAAUCAAAUCAACUGAUUUUUAAAUGGCAUCGUUUUCUAGACUGAAUAAAAUUGCUUUGUUAGGCUUAGGCGCUGUAGGUGGUACCUUAGCUUAUUAUCAAAUCGGUAAAUCUGAGAAAAAAUUCCACGUUCAAAAUUCAUGGACGACGAAUUUCACGCCGAGUGUGAAAUGGGAAAAAAAUUGGGACCAUCGCGAACCCGAAUCAAUAGUCAAACCAGUCCAAUCAAAUAAGCCAGAAGAUGAAAACCGAUACAAUGAGCAGAUUGAAAAGUCUAAGAGCAAAGCUGUGAGGCACUUGUUUCUAAUACGUCACGGCCAGUAUAACAUAGAUGGAGCAACUGACAAGGAGAGAAUCUUAACAGAAUUGGGCAGACAACAAGCAGAUCUAACUGGUAAACGGCUAGCCGAUUUAGAUAUAAAAUGGGAUCUACUGGUUCGAUCAACAAUGACCAGAGCUCAAGAGACAGCUACCAUUAUAGCAAAACAUCUACCCCAAGAUAUAGAAGUUAAAGACUGCCAACUGAUCGAGGAAGGUGCUCCUGUUCCACCAGAGCCCCCUGUGGGGCACUGGAGACCAGAACCCAAACAGUUCUUCCAGGACGGCGCGCGCAUCGAGGCGGCGUUCCGGCGCUACUUCCACCGCGCGCCGCCCGAGCAGCCGCGGGACUCCUACACGCUGCUCGUGUGCCACGCCAACGUCAUCCGCUUCUUCGUCUGCAAGGCGCUGCAGUUCCCGGCGGAGGGCUGGCUGCGGAUAUCGCUGAACCACGGCUCCAUAACGUGGCUGUCCAUCCUGCCCAACGGCAACGUGGUGCUGCGCGGCCUCAGCGACACGGGCCACAUGCAGCCCAAGUGCAUCACCAGCCGGUAAAUAGCAGCCGCUCUGCUGAAUACUAACUGUAUUCGUAUAUGACGUAUCACGUAUGACGUAUGACUGUUGUCAGUAGUUUUAGCUCUAGUGGGAAAAUAUUAUUAAAUGUAUUCUAAUCCCCCCCCCCUCCCUCUAAGAAACGUUGUGCAGUAAGGCUGCGGCUACACAAUGCGAAUGUUUCCGUGCGACCUUGACACGUACGUUAACGGCACGCGUACGUUAAGUGUAUUUUAUUGAUGUCGUAGCUGGAUGGUUUACGGUAUCCUUAACUAUAAUCUUUAAGUACGAGUCUAAAUCGUUUUCCAAUCGAAUAUGGAGUAAAGAUAAACAAACAUUAAAUUUUCAUACUCCAUGCGACUCCUUUCAUGCGAUUUGUUAAAGCAGUUUUCGAUUAACAUAUCUUAAUUUAUAAUACAACACUAGUACAUUUAACAGAGAGAGAUUUAUAUCUAUUUUAAAUUUCCUUCCAGUCUAAUAUCAACUUCGCCGACAUUAAAAACUCCUUUCGCGAAACCAUAAUGAAUAUGUACCAUAGAUUAUUCCAGAUCUCGACACAUGAUGUCGCGUCAAUCGAAUACCAAGUUUGUUUGUCUUUGCUCCUGCGCUUGGAUUGGACUACGUUUAAUAUUGUCACAUAUCACUACUACUUACAAAUGGUUGUCUAUAUUGAAUCGUUAGCGAUUAAAACUAAGUCAAUUUGUGUGCCACUAAUCUAUAAUAAAAUAUUUCCCUGUCCAUCAAUCGUAUGGAAUUCAAAGUUAUAAUUUAAAUAUCGUGUUAUUUGAGGAAACUGUUAGAACAGUUGUAAUAAAUCUAUGUUACCGUCUACGAGAUACUCGACAUUUAUAUGUGCCUCAUUGUUGUAAUGGCUAGCUUAUAAGGAUGCAAAUUCCGAGGCCCAAAUAUACUUUCAGAACCCCCCCCCCCCUUUUCAGUCUGUAUUUAGUAAGUUUAGGUUCUUGUUAUGUCUUGUUCUUGAUCAAUUUCCGAGAGCUGCUUGCCGUCCCGUCCCGUCCCAUGGACACAUCUUGGCUACACCACACCACAAACAUACUACAGGACUGAGCAUAAUGAGAAGGAACCGUCUGUUUUUCCACACACGUGGCUGAUUGUAAUAUCUCCUUCGCAGAUCUAGUCUUCAAAUAUAUAAAAAUUAGCCUUCGUGGUCGAAACAACUGAUUUCGCACUUAUUAUAUACAUGUCUCUUUCAUGCAUAUUAUUAAUUCCGUAAUAGCAGUUAAUAUAUCUGUCUCGUUUUCGCAUAACCCCUUACACCAUAAAUAAAUGAACAAAAUAUAAUAUUACCGCUACCUUUGAUGUAGGAUAUAGAAAACUUAAUUGUAUAUUUUUUAAAUAUUAGCUGCAGCUCUUUAAAAUUUAAGUAAUGUUUUAUUUAUCUGACAAUAUUCCAGAAUGUUUAUUUCGAAACAAAUUUUGACUUAGUUUGUUAUUAUGACAAGUCUACUUAUAUGCAUUUAUUUAAAAAAAAGUACUACGAUAUUUAAUUUUUUUUUUUAAUUCAAUAUUAUUAGCAAUGUAUUUAUAUAAUAAACUUUUGUUUACGUCAUUUUGAAUAAUGUGAAUUUUAAAUAUAACGUUAAUAUCUCGGUUGAUCUAGUGUUGCACUUUUAUCUAUAUGUCGACAAAGUAGUAAAUAUCGUUAGUAUUAUUGCAAAGUAAAGUUUUCUUUAUAGAACAUGAUCAUGUACCAUAUAUUUUAUUCAUAGCGAUAACUCAGUUCUCAAAUAUACUAUAGUAAUAUUAAUUAAAAAUUAUUUUUUAUCCAAAGUGAUAAAUGUACUACUUUUAUGCCCUAUCCGUCUAAUGACUUUUGUAUGGAUGAAGAGACAUCCUUAUAUCCCAACAUAGCCAAAACUCCGAAUAUUGGGUAUAGUUGGGCUAGAGAAGUUAGGACCUUCAUGAGUUACAUUCCGGUGCCUCAAAAAGUACAAUAAAUCUUUGUUGAACCUUCCGGUCGCGUCGGCCCGUACCACUUUUUUACGUACAUUCGACUAUAAGCGUCAAUAAAUUAAAAUCAUCAAGAGUAACUCCUAAAACUCCUAAAUUCCUCGUGUUACUCAUUGACUGCAGUGGUCGAAAUUCGGUCUGUAAGAUUUAAUUAAUUUUCUAAGCUGGUAACAUUAUACGAAGUUGAAUUAGCACGGCAACACUAGGUUAACCUAUGUUCAUAAAUUUCAGUUUCGAACGUUUAAUUUUGUUAUAAACGAUGUUUAACAGGAAUACCAAUGGCUAAAGAAAUGAAAAAGUUGAGAGCUGUCGAUAAUGGAAGACU